AUGGACGCCAUUCCCGCAGAGAAACUCUACGACGAUCCUGUGUAUCAUUUUUAUGAUCCCAAGUUCAUCCUUUCGUCGGCUUUCAUCAAAGAACAAUUUUUGAAACAUCAAUCCAACGAAGAAGUCGCCCGUCUACUGGCGCUAGAACCGCAUUUUGACUGGAAUCUAAUUGUCGAGUUGGACUUGUCCAUGCUGGGAAUGUUGCACAUUACCGGCUUGCGACUGCCGACAAACGUGAGGCGUUUGAAAUUGGCUCAAAACGAUAUAAAAAAAAUCGAGCACUUGGAUUCGCUUGUAAAACUGGAACACUUGGAUCUGUCGUUUAAUGAAAUUGUUAAAAUAGAAAAUCUCGACAAGUUGACCGGUAUAAAGUUUUUAAAUUUGGCCGGCAAUUCGAUCGUUAAGAUUGAAAAUUUAGAGACAAACACAUUGCUGGAGAAGUUCUUUAUCAACGACAACAUGAUCAGUGAUUUGAGGCAGCUGUUGUACUUGAAACGGUUUAAGAAAUUACAGUGCAUGGAAAUAUUGGAUAACCCGGCCACUAAAGAUGCGGUAAACUCGAGGAACUAUAUCGUCUGCCGGUUUCCCAGGCUACAGUACCUCAACUCUGUGUUCAUAACGGACCAAGAACGAUCGUCUGCCGGAGUGUUGGAGCCCAAAGUGACCAGCAGAGAAAAGGCAGCCGACGACGCUUUGUUUUUAGCCGAUAGCGCGAUAGAAGCUAGAGAAAAAGAGACGAUCGCGCAUAAAUUAGCAUUCGUAGACAACCUGGAUGCCGACAGCUUUGUGGAUUAUCUAUUUCAAAACGACAGCGACGGCAAAGUGUUUAGAAGGCUCAACACCGAAGUGAAGGCUGCGUACGCAGACUAUGAGAAAAAAAUGGCAGAAAUCACUCAGGAGGUGUUUCGGAUGGGAAUGGACACGCUUUUGCAACGGGAACAGGCUUCCGAGAAGUUCAACCUUGCUUAUUACGCGUUCGAGAAGAAAUGGACCGACAAAGGUCGCAAUAUGAUUUGCGAAUUCUUAAACGUCAGGUAUUUCAGGAUGAAGACGAUAGCCGGCCAGUACGACACGAACGAAGAAUCGAAAAUUAAUAAUUCCACCCAAUCAAAGCCCGUGGAACAUUCUGACGGUGGUGGUGUAUACGCGGUUUCGGUGGAAGUCCUGGAGCAAUCGUUUGCCGACGAGACGGAAGCGUUGUGUUUCCGUUUGCACCUGAACAACUUUUACAUGAACAAGUCGAUCGUGACGAUGAUAGGCAAGUACGAAAAGAAUCUGGAAGACAUACUCAAGAUUUUCCUGGAGCCGUUGGUCGAACGGUUUGCCGAUCUGCGUGAAGUAGAAAACGAUUAUUCCCAAGCGCUAAGCGAAUCCGUAAAAAUGGUCUUGAACAAUCCCGACAACGCUGAAGAUAUUUCGUUCUGUUUAGAUCAUUUCGGCGGAGACAGGUUCGCUAUGAUUCAAGCCACGUACAAAUCCACGGACAAGCACAUGGAUGCGAUUUACAUUCGAGAAGAGAAACUUAAUUUCGACAUAAAGAACUGGACGAAAACUAGGAUUGACGAUUUAAAAAACAAAGAGAAAAAGAGAUAUCUAAUGGUCUGCGAGGAAAUCGCCAAUUUUCGAGAAAUACAAAGACAGUCGUUUCAAGCGGUCUUGCGCUCGCACUUAUUUAUUAUGUAA